AAGCAUACAAUACAAUCGAAACGCACUAGGGUUUUUCCUCAGAUCGUAUCUUUGCGCCUCCGCAGCUCUCUGUUUCAGACCUUCUCCGCCGACUCUCUUCUCGCUCAGUCAUCAUGGGGAAGACACGUGGUAUGGGAGCUGCCCGCAAGCUGAAGAACCACCGCAGGAGGCAAAGAUGGGCUGACAAGUCAUACAAGAAGUCUCAUCUCGGAAACGAGUGGAAGAAGCCAUUUGCUGGAUCUUCCCAUGCUAAAGGCAUUGUUCUUGAGAAAAUUGGUAUUGAAGCUAAGCAGCCUAACUCUGCCAUUAGAAAGUGUGCUCGAGUUCAGCUUAUUAAGAAUGGAAAGAAGAUUGCUGCUUUUGUGCCAAAUGAUGGUUGCCUGAACUACAUUGAAGAGAAUGACGAAGUGCUUAUUGCCGGAUUUGGUCGUAAAGGACAUGCUGUCGGUGAUAUUCCUGGAGUCCGGUUCAAGGUUGUGAAGGUUUCAGGCGUGUCACUUCUGGCUCUCUUCAAGGAGAAGAAGGAAAAGCCAAGAUCUUAAGCUUUCUAUUAGAUUUGUUAUAUGUUUUUCUGCUAAAAAUCAGAAUCUAGAGACACAAUUUAUCAGCAUUUGAUGGCCACUUUGUUUUCGCCUUUACCUAAGCAGAUUCUUAUGUUUUAUUAAUGAAAAUUUAUGUGGCUGAAUAUGAUGGUUUUUUUUGUUUUUCUUGAUC